ACGGUACCUAUCGAACAGUGUACCUUAUUGAUGUUUGACAGUGUCGUUUACGACACUUUCGUUGGUGGAAAGCGUUUUAUCACUUAUUUCGAAUACUGUAUACAAAGGUCUAGAUACCAGGCCAUAAACUCAAAAAAAAAAAAAAAAAUUGAAAAUUAAACAAAAACAAACAAUUAUGCAGACAAUAAAUUAUUCUUUUGAAUAAAGUGAAUUCAAAAAAAUUUAAGUAAUUAUUAUAUGAAAUUUGUUUCCUUUCGAUAUAUUUAUAAGAUUGAUUUUCAGAGUACACGAGAAUAUAGUGCGCAUUUAAAAUGAAUAGUUCGGCUGCGAAGGUUGGCGAGAUAUUUACUGAAGCCGGUGCAGCGUUUAAUAAACUAGCAGAAAUGACGAUGAUGUUGCAUCCCAUGACCGAACAGCAGUCAAGCUCACAGGCAAAAACACCAGUUAAAAGAAAAAUUCAAGAAGAUCGCACAGGUUCAAUGAGUAAUAGUAACUCAGGUCAGGUUACGCUUAAUAUGUUAAAUGCUUCGGAGACUGAAAUGGAUGUUGAAGGACUUGGCAGUGACGUCAAAUUAGAAUUUGAAUCAAGCACAGAAGAGGUUGCAACAUAAAUAUAAAAAAAACAACAAACCAAACAUUAUUAUUUUUAUUUUAAGUGAAAAAUUGUACAUAACGAAGGUAAACUGUGAUCAUUCUUUUAUGAAGUAACUUUGUAUUAUUCUAUUCCAUGAGGAAGGAGAUGAUUCAUAAACUUUUACGUAUGUGUCAUCAGUUAAAAUAUCUUCAAUUACUUUGUCGACAUCAUCUCUAACUUGUAAAGAAUUAAAUAAUUCAAAACAUU